AGGAGCCUGUCACCGACCCGUAAUUGAGCUUUUGUAGACCGACAAGAAUGAAUUGAAAUAGUGAGUAGCGCCGCCAUCGUUUUCGCUGCUUGUAGCCCAAGAAAGCGUCCUCGACAUGACGUGCAUAUCGUACAUCAGAAAUCUCGCAUUUCAUUAAGAUCAAAAGUCUCUGUCUCCAUCGCCGUAGCCCGGAAUGGAGUACAGAUUUUCCACUUUAUUUACUUGUAACCGGAAGAGGAGCUGGCCCUGGUCGAGUGGAGGUUCUUGCCGAACCACGCGAGGCGACAUGAGGGCUUUUUCUCCGCGUCCCUCCUGUGUAACAACUACACGAUCAGUGCUAAAAACAACGGGUGCUUGUACAGCAACAAAUCCUGCUGGAUCGAGCAACAAGAGGCAUUAUUUCCACCCCUUCUUAUCUGCUAGUGCCUGCGGCCUUGCGGUGGUCCUCUUUUUUCCCGACGUAUCCCAGGCCGCUAUGAACGUCAAUUUGAAUGGGGUGGAGGAGGAGGUCGGCCGCCUGCGCGAGCGGAUUUUAUCGUAAGGAAAAAUCCCCCCUCCCCAUAUCGAAAACGAAACUUGUCAUGCUGUAUUUGAGUACACAAAUGCAAAUGCUAGAAGACCGAGAGCCGCAGUUGUGGCCUAGUUUGCAGGCAAUUUGUGAUGGUGUUUCCCACUUCCAGCUGCCUCCUGUCAUGCUGCAGAAGCAAGGCUUUCCCACGCCACCCAGUAAUACAGUCCGCCUCUUUUCCCGUCUAGCAUGACAAAGCUAAUUUGUGACCACAGACCUGCAUCACAGACUUCCGUUUCGAUAUGGGGAGGGGGGAUUUUUCUUCUUGAUAGAUUUUCGUCGACCGCAAGUUUGUGGCGAAGCGGGGCAGCCGGACCGCGGUCCGUCGCGGCCUGCGGCGGCUGCCCAAGCCCGUGAAGGCCGCCUACGUAUCCUGUGCAAAAGUAUCGUACUCGUAUUGCAAUCAUGCAUUACAAAUCCUGUACCUAUGGUCAAUCAGCAUUACAAAUUUUAUUUCUCAUGCUGAGAAAAUUUGUAAUGCAUUUAUACGAGUACGAUACUUUUGCAGUUCAUACUAUGCGGUGUCUGGUGAUCAUGACCUGUACAACAGCGACGUGGAUGAAGACGCGGAGAACGGCGGCAUCGAGGAGGUUUCCGACCACGCGGUGCUGUCCAAGAGCGAGUCCAGCGACGGCAAGAUCACGCCGUCGUCGCGCGACGGCGAGCGGACCCGCUCCCUGUUCGCGGACUUUUUCGGGGAACUGCUGUUCGGUCGCCGCCCGUCGCCGGACGGCGCCGCCUACUACGCCGGGCGUGGGCGCGGAGGUGGUGGGGGUACUAACAAGGGCCGCGGCAAGGGCGGGAAUUAUCGGGGCGGCGGGAGUAGUACAAGGCAAGCGGGGCUUUAUUCUACUUCCAUGGAGUCAUCUUCAUCGUUCGGCUUCGGGGCAGACCUAGAGGAGGAGUUGGUGGAGGAGCACUACCGCAAGCAGGACAAGGAGCAGUACCUGUCGUGGCAGGUGAACGCAGCGGAAAAAACGUGCUCGUCGCUGGACGGCCCACUGUGCAAGGACGACCGCGACGUGGGAGGUGUGGUGCCGGUGUCGGUGGUGGCCGCCGGGAUGCGAGUGCGCAAGAAGCCCGCGGUGCUGGACCUGUACCGGGAGGAGGCCGUGGCGGCGGACCACCGCAACAUCCUGGACCUGGAGUACGGCCGCUUCACCAAGGUCGUCGCCAAUCUGACCGACCUGGCCACGCCCGUGGAGGAUGUCUCGAGCUUCGAGGAGGAAGACCGGCCGUACUGGGCGAGGGACUACGGAGACAGGCGCGGGAAAAAACGAGGAAAAAACGCUGUCAAGGUCGUGAAGAAGAAGCAAAUCGACUUCACCUCCGACUCCGCCGGUCGCAACCUUCAGCACAUGCAGGUGGCAGAUCUGAGUCACGGUGCCACGCUCCGGCGUACUUCCCUGUCGUACGUGGAUGUUGAAUCAAGCCGGGUCCUCGCAGGAGAUCAUGUGGUGGUCACCACGGCGAGGACCCGCGGCAUCAAAGGAGGCGACCGGCUCAUUGCUGAGGGAGACGAUGCGGCAGCUGGGAACUCAACAUCUCUCGCGGGGUCCUUCAUCGAAGGCGACGGCGCGAAGGGCAGAGGAGAAAUGAGAGAAAACGAAGAAGAUGUUGAACAGCAGCUCCAGAAGAACCACGAACUGCAACAGUAUCAUUCGUCUGCUUCAGAGUUUCAUGAACCACGGCAAUUUGCAUCACGGACCUCGACAAAUGAAGCCAGUAGCGCAAAGUCAGCGGCAGCGGCCGACCUGAUCCGGGUUGCAUUCCGAGGAGGCUGGCGGAUUUUUUCAGACAUCGACCGUGAGCCGGUCAACGACGUUCUUGCGGACCACGGCCGCGCAGCUCCUGAAAAGAGCAUGCUCCUCGCCGGCGGCCAAUUUGGGUCAAUUCGAUUCUCCCGGCCCGUUUUGGUGCGGAAGUUGCUGGUUCGCGGCUCCAAAAUGCACCAGCACGCCGUGUAUCAAAUGCAAAAAUGUCUGGGUCUGGAAGAUUCCGGGAUUUGUGAUGCAUAUUUUGUAUGAUCCGUGAUGCAUGUAAUGCAUGAUCUAGCAUCACAGAUUUUUAGAGGACUUCCUGAUGCCUAUUCCGCAUGAGAAAUGCCCUCUCCGCGUAACACAAACUGGGCUCCUGUUGCUGGUCACGCAAUACAGAUUUUUUUGGAAUCCAAGGACAGCAUGACAAGUUGCAAUCUUCCAGACCCAGACAUUUUUGCAAUGCAUACCGUGAUAUCGGGCCGCGCCCGCUUCCGUGAGGGCCGGGAGGUUUUCCGCGCCCCACUGUACAACGUAUCAAAUGUAAACAUGUCUGGGUCUGGAAACUUGUGAUGCUGGGUGGCGUCUCAUGAUGAGGCCACAAGUGCUGGCUCAGCAUGACAAGUUUCUGAGCUUCUAGGUGUUGCCUAUUCUGCAUGACAAACUGCGUUUCUGCAUCACGGAAAAAUGGAGCUCUUGGGUAAAGUGCAUGACAGAUUUAAGAGUCAUGCCAGACAAGCAUGACAAACAUGCAUUCUUCCAGACCCAGACAUUUUUACAUUUGAUACAAUGUGACCAAGACCGAUUUGCUGGCCAGCUACUCGGUGCCGGGGGGCUGCGGCUCCCAUCUGCGCAGCACCUGCCGCGCCGACGCGGACGAACAGCAGUUCCACCGGGGGUUCCACCACGUUCCUGCUGUCGAGGGAAGCAGUGGCAGUGGGAGCGCAGAACCUUCUAUGCAUGAAAUUCAGCUCGUCCCGGCGCCGCGCCAAGAUCUUGUCGAGGACCACGAUCCGGUUAUUUGUAAUGGCAAUGGGUCAACACCAGGAACAUCAACCUCCACCUGCCAGAACACGGGGACGGGGCACGACGUGGCAGACGAAGAGGCCCACGACCACGCUUUUCUUGGAGAAAAACCAAAAAAUAUCGACAAAAAUCUGCUGGCGCCGCUGAGCGGGCCCCUGCGCAACUCGCUGGCGAAGUUUGACAGCGGCAUUGAUUUCGCGCAGGACAGCCUGCUGAACGUGGGCCUGGUUGCGGUGGACGAGUUGAGUUUCACGGCCGCGCGGAACGUGGAGGUCGUCGCGCUCGAGGUGACGCCGGCUGCGUACGACGAGGAGCCGCGGGCGGCUUUCGUGCUGUCGCAGGAGGGCACGGUCGUGUUGGACCACGCGGUGAGCCCCAGCGCAGCGCCCUUCCUGAUGCCCCUGAAGCGAGUGCUGGAGGAGGAGUUCGCGCUCACCGAGCCGGACAUGCGCUUGCACUUCCUCCCACCCCAGCUGAUGAUGUUGGCGGAAAUAAAGGAGGAAGAAGAGAGAAAGAAGCGAGCAGCAGACCAUGACGCGUACGCGUUGCGAGGAACGACUUCUACAUCUGCAGUUGUAGAGCAGGAGGAGUGGAUCCGCGGACAGCUGGACCGGCACAGCCGGGAGGAGGAGGAGCGGCGGCCGGGAUUCGGUUCGCAAAAGCCGAACUACCUCGAGAUGUUGCAGAAGAAGUCCCUGCACAAGCGGCUGCUGGAGCGGCCCUCGUUCUACAAGAUGGCUUCCAUCAUGCGGGAGGACGCGUUCUUUGCGCCGAAGCGGCGGCAGAUCGACAAGGACCUCCACCUGCUGGACUCGGCCUUCCGGGCGCUGGGCAAGCACCAGCGCCGCAACACCGCCUUCUGGCAGGCCGAGGAUCGCCUGUUUAACGAGUGGACCCUGUUCGUGCAAAACUUCGACCGGAGUCUGUACUAUUCAUCCACCCAAACUGCCACCACCUCGCUCGCGAGCGCUCAUGAUGGUAUUUCGGCAACACCAGUUCAAGUUCUUGGUCAAGAAGCAGUAGAGCCACAGCUGGCCGCACCCAGCGGAGGACCAGACUACCGCGAGGAUGUUGACCAGCAGAAAUUAUUUUCGACUUCUGCAACUUCGACUUCUGAUUCUGAAAGCAUCUUCUUUGGAUCGAAUGUAGAGGCGGGGACGCAAAAUUAUGACGACGGUGUUCAUCAUCAUGAUGUGGCUCUAUCAGCGUCCUCGACGUCCUAUUUUUACGAAGAUUCGAUUACAAGAACACCAGCAAUGUUGGGACCAGUGGAACCACAUCAUGUUCAAGAGGAACCGAAGAACCAGCACCAAUUACCGAACGCCGACUCGUCGUCUUCAACAAAUUUCUUGACGGACGACGGAUUCCUGUUCGCAGAUCAUGAUGCGGAUCAUUCGGAGGACGAAAUCGAAGAAGACGAUGAAUUUCUGGAGCAAGCACGCCGGAGAGAUCCAGACUUCCCGAAAAAAGAAGUCGAGGAGCAGGAGCAGGACAGUUCCGAGCAUGAUAGCUGGGGGGACAGCGUCGUGAAACGAGUCACUUCGAGUCUGACACGGAUUUUGAAACCGAAAAAGUACGUGAAACGGCCGCGAAAAGUCAAGCGAGCGCGGUCGAAGAUCAAAUCUUCUCCCAGGAGGGACAUCAGUUUCCACCAGAGCAGUCGUGAUCGUGCCGGGAUGAAGCAAUCGCCGUCGAGUCGGCCACGAGGGCGGAGCUACGGGGGGGCGCAGAAGAAGCUGACAAUUCCUCGAAGAAGCACAACUGGGAGAGCUUUGUCUAAAAAUCAUGCGAGUACUAGCGACGAGGAGCUUGGCGACUCAGUGUCCGAUCAUUCCGGCACAGACGCUUCCGAAACGUCACGGGAUUCCAUCUCGGGAUCAUCCUCCCCCGAGGGAUACUGUGAGGAAAAAUCCUCCCUCCCCAUACUGCAAACAGGUACGUUGCUCAAUUUUUGAUGCUGAUUUGUGACAACAAAUCCUGUCUCUCUUGCAAGAGGUCAAAUCCAAAGAAUCCGCCGCCCUAUGCAGGCGACCAAAACAACACCCCUACGCAGGCUGAGGCUUUGCCUGCAGUGCUGCCUCACUGCAAGACAGAGCUGAUUUGUGUAUACCAAUCCAGCCGGAGAAGUUCGUCCGUUUCAAUAUGGGGAGGGGGGAUUUUUCACUUUGAUAAGGGAUCCGCCUCGGGAAGCAGCUCCUCCGACUUCGAGAGUGACGAAGAUGCUGUGGGUAUCCUGAGUAAAAACGUCCCCACCCCAGAGUUGUCAUGCAAAUCUGCAUGCCAAAAAUGUUCCGCAUGCGGAGCCCCAUGAGAAGCAUUUUCUAGCCGUGUUUGGAAUUUGUGAUGCUAUAAUCAGCAUGAUAUACUAGAUCUGUGAUGCUGCUGAACUACCUAAACAGGAUUACACUACGAGGACAAAUUUGUCAUGCCAAUCGACCAAAGCCAGCUGAUUUGUCUAGCAGAUUUCCCAUCUUGAUGACUCUGGUGUGGGGACGUUUUUCCAAAUGAUAGUGGGCGGCGUGCUUCUGGAUAACAUGUUCAUGAGCGAGGAGGAGACCGGGCGGAUGAUGCGCGGCGGCGCCGAUGAUUCGGGGGAUGAUAUCGCACGAAAAAAGUGUUACACUUACACAUUUGUUGUCAAUUUAGCAACACAGAUUUUCUCUGCAUGGGAGGAAAAACUUGCAAUGCAGGAGAGAUCAUAAGGGAAAACACAUGUGAAAUGAGCUUGAAAGCAUUUUGUGCGGGACAGAGCUUGUCUGCAUUGUUGGGCCUGCAACACAAUGUGUAACUGUGACACUUUUUCCUUUGCAUAGACGAUGGCCAAGGCGUGGCUAUGAUGGACCUCGCGGAUCUCUUGGCGCAAGUUUUCGUGAUGGCCCCCGAGGACGGCGGACAAGAACCGGGUGGUGGCCCCGGGUGGCAGGAGCGGCCGUAAGGCAACUACCGGGCGAGAAGUUUGUGCUGACUGGAUUUUUUCAGAAAAGUACAGCACUGCGAGGCGGGUAUUUUUUUUUCGUGUUUUUCUACAUGGUACGCACUGGCAGAAGUAGAUUCUGCGUAUUCAUCAAGCAUGCGUCUUUACUACGCGACUCCCUCGUGAAUUUCGUUUCCAAUCGUAUCAGCAACGUACAUAAUACAUAAUUCCAUAGGUUUUGCAACAUGACGAGUAGAUGUUCGGCUUUCACUUUUCAUUGUUUUUGUCUACAAUUACGGAUGCGAAUGUAGGCUUUCUUUUUCCGAUAUUUUUCGCCUCGAUUGAAUGUUCCGCAUCCCAUCAUGUACUUCAGUCUACUGUUUUUUUCAUACUUUUUUACUUAUCCUGUUUCUUCAUUCAUUCAAGAUCUUGACUUUCCUCUGCUCUCGUCUGCAUAUUAUUUAACGAUAAACCCUUCACUUUAUUUCAAUUUUAUGUCGCUGCCAAAAUAGGGCAGGGGCACUAAAAAUUCGAUUCUGAAUUACCGAGCUCGAGUAAGUAGCAGUCCUUUACAAAUUCAAACGCAAAAAGUUUUCAUUCAUAAUUUCAGUUUUUGCCGAAAUGCGAGUUCACCACGUUUCUGUCGCACGUUCUCGACCACAUUGCCCAAUAUUUUAAUACUUGCUCUAUCGAAGUCGAACGUACACGUAGAGGCGGGGUUGGAGCCGAUAGCUUUUCUUUCACGAAAGCGAAAAGGCUCAUGUCUACUGCGUUCGCUGGUUGACGGUAACCCCGAAGGAACCAGCGCAACGCCAAGACGACGUGUUGUCCCGCUACCACCGUUUGUCUUUGUGCGCUUUGUGCGUAUUCUCGAAAGGCAUUGGAACUAGAAGAACCACAUAUGGCUCAGUCGUUGCUAGGCUCGGUAACACUACUUACUUAAGUCGCUCAUGAUACAGGUAUCUCUAUCAAUAUCAUGUGUGACGGUGACGACACCAACUACGACUACUUACUACUACCUCAUCGCAGCACGUGAAAUUUCAUCCUAGAGCUGCUACCAUGAUGGCCAGAAGGAAAUUUCUAGACAAAGGGAUGGCCGAGUAAAGCGGAGCCAAAUUUUAUCGAAUAUUCGUUCCAGCUUGCGAAAAAAAAAAUCCUUUCGUGAAAAGUAGCG